UGUUACCGACCAAAACUUUUGUGAGCAAGUUGGACAAUUACCCGAGUAUUAUUCAAUACAUUUUGGAAGCGAAAAGAAACUAUAGCCCAUGAAAGUUUGGAUUUCCUCAAAAGAAAAAAAGCCCAUGGGUUUGGAUCAAAGCCCAAACGCACGCCACUCUCUUCAAUCCAGAAUCCCUAAGAAUUGCCAUCACUGAGACUCGUCUUACGAGAAGCGAAUUUCCCGCCGUUGCCUCCAACUCCAAAACCGCCGUCAAUCGCCGUCCGAACCCCCGCCGCCCGCCGACCGCUUACUGCUGCCGUGAAAUCAGUCGCCUCGCGCCACCCAACUCUCCCCCCGAUCUCGCCUCUUUUGUAGUAUCUAUUCCCGAUUCACAAACCAGACCAGGAGCCGAGAACCCUAGGUACCCUUCAUUCAUCUCAGUUUUACUCUUUGCUCACUUCUAAGAAAGCUCUUAAACGUCUUUUGCCUUGAUAGUAUCAUUUAGAAAUGUGCUUUCUCCACCAAAAGUUAGUUACUUUACAUCGUUGAUCGGGUUCGGAUUAACCUUUUUUCCCCUUGCUGAACUUAGUUGAGCUUUUAAGAUGGUGAUGUGGAUGGGAACUCUGUUAGACCUGCAUUGGUACGAAGCUUCUUCUAUGAGUAUAGUUGUAACAUGACUUCUGAAGCCUGUUUUUUUAAUAAUGUAAUAAACGGACAGGCAAGAGAAGAGAUACAACAGAAAGUGACAAUGAGGUUGGUGGACUCAUCUGGGGAUUUGUCAGGAGAAAUGGAAGUGGAUGCAUUCAGGCGCCUCUUCCCGCUGCGCUACUAUGAGCGCCACCUUGCCGAAUCUAUACGACCUGACGGUAGGCCUCUUGGAAUGGCUAGAGAUACCACAUUGGCAUUGGGGGCUGUUUCUUCAGCGGAUGGAUCUGCUCUCGCAAAGAUCGGCUCUACUACAAUGCUUGCUGCCAUAAAAAUGGAAGUCAUGACUCCUUCUGCAGAAUCACCUGAUGAGGGGUGUAUAGCUAUUGAGUUUCACAUGCCACCAAUUUGCUCUCCCAUUGUCAGGCCUGGCAGGCCUGCUGAAGCAGCAGUAGUUGUGUCAAAGCAACUGUCUGAUACCAUAUUGAGUUCUGGGAUGAUUGAUCUGAAGGAACUUGCUUUGGUCAAUGCCGAUGGUGCACUUUUUGAUGCAGCAUUGCUUUCAGCUGUGGCUGCAUUCUCCCACUUGCAAAUCCCAGUAGUUUCCCUGAACGACAAAGGGAAAAUAGUAGCCUUCACAGAGGAAGGUGAUACUGUGGGGAAGUUGGAGAAAGAAGCAGUUAACAAAGAGAAGAGAAAACUAACACUGGGCAACAUCCCUUUCUCACUCACAUGCACACUGCAUAAGAAGCACAUCUUGGCAGACCCCAGUUCGGAAGAAGAGUCCAUCAUGGAAACUCUCGUGACAGUGGUCAUGGACUCGUCCGACAGACUCGUGUCGUUCUACAAACCUGGUGGACCUGCUCUUGCCUAUACGUCUCUUGUUACAGAUUGUGUACGAUUGACGAGGCAAAGAAUGAAAGAACUCGAGAAGAUCCUUGACGAAGCCUUUUCGGGGAUGGAGGUUGACUAGUUUUGCUACUGCUACCCAUUUGAGUUUUCCUUGGGGAUGGAUGAAUCUGGUUAAUCUUGAUGUUCUCAAUCUCAAUGGAGUGGACACUGCUGGAUGGCAAAAUCAGCAGGACUGAUUUCCCCUGUUUGAAUAUGUGCAGUUCCUAACUUCACAAUGUUUGAUUAGGUAGGGGAGAAAUGUGCACUAAUUUAUGACAUCAAAUUUUGGUUGUGGGCAGACCAUCAUAUUUUGUUAUCUCUUCACGAUGUGCCCACUGUCAAGGUUCGUGGAAUCAUGUUCGUCGGAUGGCAAAUGAAGCAGCGCAUAUCAUGGCACACUCCAGAGACCUCUCGUCUAAUGCAAUUGUUUGGCUGGAUAAUCCCCCUUCUUGUUUAGUUCACCAGCUACAGCUGGAUAACGCUAUGGCGGAUUCUGAUUAAUGGAAGUAAAGCAGAUUUUCAGUAAAAAAAAAAAAAAAAAAAAUUCACGAUGUGCCCACUGUUACGACUUACGAUCUGCUCAUUCAAUGAGAGAAGAUAAAACCUAGAGGUGAUUAAUUACUUUCUCUCUAUUCUCUAACAUGGACUAUGACAGUUUGUCAGUUUCUACUUUCUAGGAGUACUCAUUAGUCAUAACUGUUUGGUUGAUAGUCAUAUUCAAGCGAUCAACAACUUUAUUGUUUAGGUUAAAGGUGAUAUGCUUUUGAUCAUUCAAACAAAACGUGAUCAAUGUAGAUUGUUUGUACUUAAAGCAAUGUAACCGUUGAUCGUCGUAGUUAACAAUAAUGUAAGUUGAACGAUUGAUACUAAAGCUAUGAACAUCUAAUCGCUUAGGACGAAAAUAAUCCGAGACAGAUCGCUUAGGGCUAAAUUACACGUUUGGUCACUCGAAUUACAUAAACAUUUCACGUUUGCCACCCAAAUUAAUUUUCUUUCAAAGUAACCACUCACUUUACGAAUCGUUUCACCGUUGGUCACCCUCCGUCAGACUCCGUUAACGCCGUCAGAUUUUUGAUGACGUGGCAAACGAAAGUGCUGACUGGGCUGACAGAGAGGCUAAAAAUAACCAUUUUCCCCAUUUUCAAAUACUUUUUACCUUUUUGGGAGGGAAAAAAACUCUUACUCACUAUUAAAACCCUUCUCACCUCAUUUUUGUUCUUUCUCAUCCAUCCAAAUUUUAGACAACACCUCUCCUCUUCAUCUUCCUUCAUCUUCUCCAUCUUCCUUAUUCUUCCACUUUCCGUAUUCUUCCUUCUCCAUCUUCUUCCUUCUCCCUUGCAACAACUUGUGAUCUCUGGAGGUUACCGAUCUAAACCAUGACUAACCCAUAUUGUCACUGUGGGUACCCAACAAGUUUGAGUAGUUGGACCGAUGCAAAUCCAGGGCAGAGGUUCUAUGGAUGUGGCAAGUUUGGGAUAAGACCAUUUCAAUCGCACUUCCUUUCGUGCUUUAUCUACCUUCUGUUUCGGUUUAGGUUCUGACCAUUCCCCUCAUUGUGCUUUCUUCUGUAGACGAAUGGAGCAUGCAAUUAUUUCUGAUGGUAUGAACCAGCCCUUGAUGAGCAUAUGCGAAACGUUGUGCUCAGCCUCCAUCAUCGAAUUCAAGAUCUAGAGAGAAGGGAACCAAGGAGAGCUUACAAAAUAACUGUCAAAAUGGCUUGCAUUUUCACUGUAAUGGUCAUUGUAUUUGGUUUCAUCUUGUUGGGAAAAUAAGAAAAUGUUGUUUCACUUGUAUCACUCGAAUGUUGUUUAUGUUUCAAUUGUACCAUUGUAAUGUACUUUUCGUUUCAUCUAUACCACCAGAAUGUUAUAUAUUUUUCACGGAAGCCACUACAGAGUUUUUUAUAUUUCAUCUGUAUCACUAUGAUUUUGAUUGCAUUUCAUGAAUGCCACUGCCUUGCUGGUUUUCUUUCGUUUGUAUCACUCUGAUAUUUUCUCUUUGAUAUGUAACACCUUGUAUAGAACAGAACAAUACAUAACAUAAAUGCAA